GGAGGAAGAAUGUAAAUAUGCUAGCGUACAGGAGCGGCAGUCAAAAGCCGCCAUGACAUAAUGUAACGAUCAACGGGUUGUUCACGCUUAAACUAGUCCUGGAUUCCAAUAAUAACGUUUGCUUUCCUUGUUUGGGGGGAAAUGUAUCAGUGAAGGUAAUGAAAGAACAACAGGAGAAUACGGCGAACUCGCCGCUACACUCGCCAACGAGUUUGGAUUCGAAACGGCGAGUUCACUUUGCAGACUUUGACGGCCAGGAUUUGGUGUCAGUGAAAAUGAUCACGCCGGCAAACAGCGAGGAGGACCUAUCGCUUGAUAAAAAGUUGGAUAUUUUAAGCCAUAUUUCAACGCCGAUUCACCUAAAACGAAUGAGUUGUUGCUUCACCCAACCUGCGUCCGAAGAAAAGUUUAUUGAUCGCGUGAUUGAGCGAAAGGUGUGUCUGGAGAACGUUGUUUUCUGUGGCUUUGCGAUGGUUGGGACUGUAAAAGUAAAAAACAUUGCCUUCGCUAAAGAAGUAACAGCGAGAUAUACGGUGGACGGAUGGCACAGCUAUCGUGAUGUGUGGGCAGACUAUGUGCCGAAGUCAUCGGAUGGUCAAACCGACAGAUUUCAGUUCAGAAUUUCGAUUCCUCAAGACUUGGAUGUUGGGGGAAAGCUUGAGUUCGCCAUUCGAUAUUGUACGGCAGGAAAAGAAUACUGGGACAACAAUUUUAAGCGAAAUUAUUGUGCGGAAUGUUUUCUUCACACCAUCGUCGAUAAAUAAUUUGCCUGACCUUGCUGUGCAUAUAUUAACUGAGUAGUCCACGUCGAGUUCUCCUUGUUGUCAUUUUGAGCAACAAACCGUUCAGAGCUAUAGGAAGGAUUUUGUGUUUGCAAGCAAAGUAGCUAGAGUCUACAACUCCAAAUAUUAUUUGUGCAAAGAGUUGUCAGGUACAUAUCUACCAUAAUUUCAGGUCAACAUAAUUCACCUCUGAAAUUAGUCUGUUACCAAGAAUACACUUGUUGUAUUUCCGUAUUCGUUGUCUCAAGACGUUUCUGAAGAGAGAGGGAAAUUGGCUGUUUCUCUCCGCAAAGUAUAUAAAGGACGAUAUUUCCUUAAAAUAACUACAUUAUUUUACGGUAUUCACGAACUUUUGAGUUAGUGUUUAAUUUAUGCUAAAAGCGAACACAAAAUCAUAUUCCCUUAAAGAUAUCAAUCAGUUAUUUAUAUGAAAUGUAAAUUUAUAUGUUAGAGAAUAUUUUUCGAAAUUCGUGGUAUUAAACAUUUAGUUGAAACAAAGAAGAUAAGACAUAUUCUAACAGUGCAAUUCAACGAACUCGGAAAUCGCCUUUGUUGUACAGAUUAGAAAUUUAGAAUUGAAAAUUAAAUAAAUAUGGACAUCACAAUCA